AUGAAAGGACUACCAGAUGCGAUAGAGAAGAACACUUUUCGAAACCAAAACGUUUGUGUUUAUGUGGACAACCACAUUCUCCUCACACCUGUCAGAGGUACACCACACCAGAAGCCCGACGACUUGAAGCAACAAAUCAAGGAGUGUGUUGGAGAUGUUUUGCAAGCGAUCACAACUCGAACGCUUGCACGAGUUUCGGAUCGUCAUGAGAAGAGUAAUACGCACGUCGUACAAGGCUCACGACAAGAAGUCUACAAUCUCGAAGCGCUUCCACUUGCACAAGAUCAAUGCAUUCUUCAAAUUGUUUCAACACUCAUAUUCAACGAGGCAGAGUGGGAUUACCAGCCGGUAACGAUACUACUUGACUCCGGUGCACAACGAAGCUUCAACAAAUCAGGACUCUGUGAAGAACUCAAGCUUCCAGUCCUUCGUACUACUUCGUUUACUACAUCUGGAAUGGGCGAACAACAAGAGCAAUUCAACUCAUCUGAAGUACAAAAAGUACAAAUCACCUUGAAAAGUCUUUACAGCUCCGAGAAGCUCAAGAACUUGUCAGUGCAUACUAAGCAGAAGCUGACUACCGACAUGCAGACGGCAAGUCUCAAGGAAGCAGACUUGCGUUUCAUCUCUAACAAGAGCUGA